CGAUGACAAUAAAUCCCCACCUCCCCCCUUUACACCUACCACCAAAUCUUCCAACAUUUCUUUCCGCCCAACUCUCCCCCUUUGUGCGUUGUUGGUCUACUGGUCUACGACGGUCUAGCGGUUCAGCUUGCCAAUUCAACUUUGACCGCUCUCGUCAGCUAGAAUUAGCCAUCAAGCCAUCAUACAAGGCUACCUGAGAGCUUGUUACCUAUAACUCGACUCGACUCGACUCGACUUGAUCGAGGCCGAUCUCGCGCCUAGGAAAUUAUUUCAACCAACCUCUCCUGGAAAUAUCAUCCGCAAACCCUUUAACCUUGCCAUCGUCCCAGCUUUAGAUAGUCGAGGGCGGAUGAUACGUGUAUCGUUCUAGACAUUAGAGACCAGACGUGAUUAAUAGACGAAUUAAUAGACGAUUGCCAAUGCCUUCGCGGUAGUACCGACAUGAUCGCCUCUACAUUUCUCCCCUCCCGCUUUCGCGGCGAGCAGCCGAGCGAUACUCCCGUCCUGCCAUCUAAGAUGAACAAGAGGGUUACGCCGAUACUCCAAUUCUUCUCCAAGAUAGCUUGCCUACACCCAAUACAUACUAUUGUCAUCGUUGCUCUAAUAGCGAGCACCACAUACGUCGGCGUCGUCAAGGAGAGCCUCCUAGACGUCUCGAGGAUCGCGAGAAACGCCGACUGGUCUUCCCUAGUCGAGGGCAGCAGGAGCCUGCGAACCGGACCCGAGACCUCGUGGAGAUGGCAGAGCUACGACGCCGACUCGGCCACCCCCAAAGACGCCGAACACCUGGCUCUAGUCACCCUGAUCUUCCCGGAGUCGUCCGAGGACGCGCCUCAGACCGCGCCGCUGCCUCACAUCGUCCCGCUACCGCAGAACCUGUCCAUCUCGCACCUGCCGUCCACUUCGAACACGCUGACGGCCUAUUCCCAGGAUAGCGCUCUGGCGUUUGCCGUAAAGUACGACGAUGCGCCGGAAUUCCUCGCGGCCGCGCAGGAAAUCCCUAACGACGUGCCCGGGCAAGAGUCGCGCGAGACCGAGCUCGGCAAGAGCGAGCAGAAGAUGUGGAUCAUGAAGGUCGCCAAAGGCUACACCAGGAGCAGCGUCAUCAGGUGGGUUCACAACGCCUGGACCGAGUUUCUCGACCUGAUCAAGAACGCCGAGACCCUGGACAUCAUCAUCAUGGUUCUCGGGUACCUGUCCAUGCACCUGACCUUCGUUUCGCUCUUCCUGUCCAUGAGGAAGAUGGGAUCCAACGUCUGGCUCGCCAUCAGCGUGCUGUUCUCCUCCACUUUCGCUUUCCUAUUCGGCCUCAAUGUCACCACCAAGCUCGGCGUUCCCAUCAGCAUGGUCCUGCUCUCCGAAGGCUUGCCGUUCCUAGUCGUGACCAUCGGUUUCGAGAAGAACAUUGCUCUGACGCGAGCCGUCCUGUCGCACGCUCUCGAGCACCGCAAGCCCGAUGACGAGAAAAAGAAGGACAGCAAAUCGAAGAAGUUCCUAGCCUCCGACGGCAUCAUACAAUACGCCGUGCAGCGGGCGAUCAGGGACAAAGGGUACGACAUUGUCCGGGACUACGUCAUUGAGAUCCUGAUACUCGUCGCCGGAGCUGCCUCUGGCGUACAGGGUGGCCUGCAGCAGUUCUGCUUCCUGGCCGCCUGGAUCCUCUUCUUCGACUGCAUCCUGCUCUUCACUUUCUACACCGCCAUCCUGUGCAUCAAGCUCGAGGUGAACCGCAUCCGCCGCCAUGUCGAGAUGCGGAGAGCCUUGGAGGACGACGGGAUCAGCCGACGCGUCGCCGAGAACGUCGCCAAGAGCAACGACUGGCCUCGGCAAGACGGCAAGGGAUCCAUCGACGAGCCCCUUUUCGGCAAGGACCUCGAGAGCAGCAGCGUUCCCAAGUUCAAAUUUUGGAUGAUCCUCGGCUUCGUCGCCGUCAACGUCGCCAACCUCUGCACGAUCCCCUUCAGGGCUUCCGACAUCUCCAGCAUCUCUUCCUGGGCCGGCGGGCUGGGCGGCGUGGUCAGCUCGCCACCCCUGGACCCUUUCAAGGUCGCCUCCAACGGGCUCGAUGAGAUCCUCUUCAACGCGAAGAGCCACUCGACGCCGACCAUCGUUACCGUCCUAACCCCUAUCAAGUACGAGCUGGAGUUCCCCUCGAUCCACUACGCUGAACCACCCCUAGGUUCCCUCGACGGGCGGCACGGCGGGGGCGGCAGCUAUUCGCAGCUGCACGGCUACGGCGUGGGAGGACGCAUGGUAGGCAGCCUGCUCACGAGUCUGGAGGAUCCCAUCCUGUCCAAGUGGAUCGUCGUCGCCCUGGCCAUGAGCGUCGCGCUCAACGGCUACCUCUUCAACGUGGCUAGGUGGGGAAUUAGGGAUCCCAACCUGCCCGACCACCCCGUCGACCCCAAAGAGCUUGCCGACGCUGAAAUGUUCAACGAUACCCAGUCCGCGACCCUCCCUCUCGGGGAAAUCCAGCCGAAGCAGCAGGAACCGGCCGUACCGGAUAGGCCGAUCACUCCCGCCUACACCGAUGACGAGAGCAGCCAGCCCGCCCCCGCCCCUCAACCGUCGAAGGUGCCGAUCAUCCGGAGGAGCCAGGCCGAGCUCGAGAAGAUGCUCGCCGCAAAGCGAGUCCACGAAAUGUCCGACGAAGACGUUGUCGCCCUCUCUCUCAAGGGGAAGAUCCCCGGUUACGCCCUGGAGAAGAGCCUGAAAGACUGCACUCGUGCCGUCAAGGUUCGCCGGAGCAUCAUCGCUAGGACUAAGGCGACCGCGGAUCUCACCGGCCUCCUCGACCGAUCCAAGCUCCCGUACGAGAACUACAACUGGGAGCAGGUCCUCGGCGCCUGCUGCGAGAACGUCAUCGGUUACAUGCCACUCCCCGUCGGCGUGGCUGGCCCGCUCGUCAUCGACGGCCAGAGCUACUUCAUCCCUAUGGCCACCACCGAAGGCGUGCUCGUCGCCAGCACGAGCCGCGGCUGCAAGGCAAUCAAUUCGGGAGGGGGCGCUGUCACAGUUUUAACCAGCGACGGGAUGACGCGUGGACCCUGCGUACAAUUCGAGACGCUCGAGCGCGCCGGCGCCGCGAAGCUCUGGAUCGAUUCCGAGGCUGGCCAGUCCGUCAUGAAGAAGGCUUUCAACUCGACCUCGAGGUUCGCCCGGCUGCAGACGAUGAAGACGGCGCUCGCGGGAACCAACCUCUACAUCCGAUUCAAGACGACCACCGGCGACGCCAUGGGUAUGAACAUGAUCUCGAAGGGCGUCGAGCACGCUCUGAAUGUUAUGGUUACUGAGGGCGGCUUCGAUGAUAUGGUCAUCGUGUCGGUGUCCGGAAAUUACUGUAUAGACAAGAAGGCGGCGGCCAUCAACUGGAUCGACGGCCGAGGCAAAGGCAUCGUCGCCGAAGCCAUCAUCCCUGGCGACGUGGUGAAGGCGGUGCUCAAGACCGACGUUGACAGUCUUGUCGAGCUGAACACGGCUAAGAACUUUAUCGGAUCCGCCAUGGCCGCCUCCAUCGGAGGUUUCAACGCCCACGCGGCCAACAUCGUCGCCGCUGUCUUCCUCGCCACCGGACAAGACCCGGCCCAGGUCGUAGAGAGCGCUAACUGUAUUACUAUUAUGAAGAACCUCCGCGGAUCCUUGCAAAUCUCCGUGUCUAUGCCGUCUAUCGAAGUCGGUACACUUGGCGGCGGUACCAUCCUGGAACCUCAGGCCGCCAUGCUUGAUAUGCUCGGCGUCAGGGGUUCUCAUCCGACGAACCCCGGAGACAACGCACGCCGCCUUGCCCGCAUCGUCGGAGCGUCGGUCCUCGCCGGAGAGCUGUCGCUCUGCAGCGCCCUUGCCGCCGGCCACCUAGUUAAGGCUCACAUGGCGCACAACCGUUCCGCACCCCCGACCCGGAGCACUACGCCGGCCCCCAUGACGCCGGUCGGACUAACGAUGACGACCGCGGUAGAGAAAGCCGUCAAGAGCCCGGCUGCCGUCGACCGGGCAGCCGCGUCGAAGCGAUAGACGCUUCGAUUUGUUUCUUUCUGCGACUUAGUUUCGGAGGUCGCGACAUUUGAAGACACGUUCUGUUUGGAACAUGAUGAUACAUCGUGAUAGGCGUUCGACGGGCUCGUAUUUGGGUUUGUUCGGCGCGAAAACUACAGACUACUGGGCAGGUAUUUUGCGAGGUGUCGGAGGAAGUCGGUUGGGAAUUUACGUUGUAGAGAGUGUUUCAUUCUCGCGAGACGAACAAGAGCAUGUUGAGCGGCGUAAGCAUUGGCAAGCGAUUGCGGGCGUAGAAUAGCUUCGCGAUAAAGCAAAGGGGUGCUUCUUCAUAUUAGAUUCCCGAAAAAUACGGUAUUCGUAUAAUCCUACAGGCGACAUUUGGCCCUUGCGGGUUCUCGCCGAGGUAGGAGUAUUGGUAGAAUAUCCUUAGGCUAAUUGUGCGCUAGCAGUAUACAUAAUAAAGUCACGAUAUCCAACCCGU